GCACCCCGGUGCCCCAGCCGGUCCUGGCACCCCCGCGUCCCUCCAUCUGCCCUUCUUGCGCGCCCCCAGCAGCCCAUGCCGCCUCCACCACCGUCUCUUUCUCUGCGUUGCUGUCUCUGUCCCGGGUCUCCCCCGCUCUGCGCCCCUGGGUCUCAGCCCCCUCCGCCCUUUGGUCUCCCCCAUUCUGCCCCUGCUCUCUCCCCCUGCCCCGGGUGUCCCGCCCCUGGCCCUGGGCCUUCCCCUCCCCUGCCCCUGGGUCUCCUCCUCCAAAGUGGCCCUUUAUCCUCCCGCCCCUCCUUCCCCCUCCCGAGUCCUUCACCCCCGUCUACUUGUCUUCGAAGUCCUCCGGAGGCCGUCGGGGUGGGGAAGGUGCUGGAAGAGGUGGGUCUCACCAGGCAGGGCCUAGAGCUUCUCUUAGGGCCCUGGGGCGCGGGAGGUCGGAGGACACAGGCGAGGAGGUGAGUGCCCACCUUGGGGGUGGAGGGAGCACAACGCGGCCAGGGUGUGAGGACCCCACCGCCCAUCUUAGGAUGUUGGAGGAACGGCGGGGAGCACUUGGAUACAAGUUCAGGGCUCAGGAGAAGUUGGGAGAAGAGGAAGUGAAAGAGAAGGGGACGCACCCAGAGCCGUGGUGCGCAUCCUCGGCGCGCCGGCGCGAGCGCCCGUCCUCCUUCCCUGCCAGCCCCCCUGCCUCUUUGAGCCUCACCCUCCAAGUAUCCGAGGAGAGGGUCUGACAGGGGUGGUGUUAAGGGUCCUUCCGACCUCCCCGGCGCGGUGCUUCCGUGAUGGCAGGAUUCAAACCUUGCUACGUGCUCCCGCUUCUCUUUGGGCUGUGGGCACAAGUGGGUGUGUGCGGGUGUGCGGGCUUAUCCUCCAUUCAACAAGUGCCGGGCUCUGUGCCAGCCUCUGGUAGCUGUCAUUCCCUCACCCACCCGCUCCUUCCUGGGCCCGGCCUUGGUCUCUGUGUGCGCGCGCGGAUUCACAUGGAGCUGGGGUGUGACAAGUUGUACGAUGAGCUGCCCCCCUACCCAGGCAUCGUGGACAGCACCGCAGCCCUGGCUGGCUUCCCGGAGGCAGUGCCCUCAGCACCAAGAGCCCCUGGGCCCUAUGGCCCCCACCGGCCUCCUCCGCCCCCGCCCGCAGGCUUGGACAGCGAUGGCCUGAGGAGAGAGAAGGAUGAGAUCUAUGGACACCCGCUCUUCCCACUGCUGGCCCUGGUCUUUGAGAAAUGUGAAUUGGCCACGUGCUCGCCCCGUGAUGGGGCCGGGGCUGGGCUGGGGACACCCCAGGGCAGUGACGUCUGCUCCUCCGAUUCCUUCAAUGAGGACAUCGCCGCCUUUGCCAAGCAGGUCCGCUCCGAGAGGCCCCUUUUCUCAUCCAACCCAGAGCUGGACAAUCUGAUGAUACAGGCUAUUCAGGUGCUCCGGUUCCACCUGCUGGAGCUGGAGAAGGUCCACGACCUGUGCGACAACUUCUGUCACCGCUACAUCACCUGCCUCAAGGGAAAGAUGCCCAUCGACCUGGUCAUCGAGGAUCGGGAUGGCGGCUGCAGGGAGGAUCUCGAGGACUACCCGGCUUCCUGCCCCAGCCUCCCAGAUCAGAAUAAUACCUGGAUUAGAGACCAGGAGGACGGUGGGUCUGUGCAUCUGGGGACCCCAGGGCCAUCCAGCGGGGGCCUGGCCUCCCAGAGUGGGGACAACAGCAGUGAUCAAGGAGACGGACUGGACACCAGCGUGGCCUCCCCUAGCUCCGGGGGAGAGGACGAGGAGCUGGACCAGGAGCGGCGGAGGGGCAAGAAGAGGGGGAUCUUCCCCAAGGUGGCCACCAACCUCAUGAGGGCCUGGCUCUUCCAGCACCUCUCGCAUCCGUACCCCUCGGAGGAGCAGAAGAAACAGCUGGCCCAGGACACAGGGCUCACCAUCCUGCAAGUCAACAACUGGUUCAUUAACGCUCGGAGACGCAUCGUACAGCCAAUGAUCGAUCAGUCCAACCGCACAGGACAGGGCGCAGCCUUCAGCCCAGAGGGCCAGCCCGUGGCGGGCUACACGGAGUCUCAGCCGCAUGUGACUGUCAGGCCACCAGGAUCGAUGGGGAUGAGUUUAAACAUAGAAGGAGAAUGGCAUUAUCUAUAGAGGCUAAAUUCAAGAGAUGUAUGAGACAAAUAAGGCUCAGAGAGAAGAGGUCACUUGCACAGGUUCACAAGCGCAGGAAAGCAGAGGGAGCAGCCUGUGCAAUGGCCUGGAGUUGAGAGCCUGCCUGGAAUUGCUAAAGCACAGAUCAGAUCUCGCCCUGCCCUGGAUUAAAACCCUUCUGUGGCUCCAUAGCGCCCUCUGGAUGAAGUCCCAACUCCUUGAUUAGCACCUGUUCACUCAUCCAUCCAUCCAUCCAUCCAUUCAUUCAUUCAGUACACAUUCUCCGAGCACCUCUGUGCCCAGCCCUGUGCUGGGUGGUGCUGGGGACGCCAUGACAGUCCCAUCCUGCCCUCACGGGGCUCACAGUUCAGUGGGGCGCUGACCCAUCCCUAAACGGUGAUGACCCAGAGUGGGCAUGGCUGAGAUGAGGGAGCUCAGGAACUGAAGGAGGCCCGAGGUGGCAUCAGACCCAGGCGGGGGGAUUCAGAGAGGACUUCCCAGAGGAGGGGGUUUUGGAGCUGAAACCAAGCAAACAGGAGAGGAGGAAACAGCAUAUGCAAAGGCCUGGUGGCCUUAGAAACCUUAUGUCAUGAGACCACCCCGGACCCCACACAUAUACACAGGCAUGCACGAUGGGGUGGGAGACUGGGGAGCUGGGUGGGUGCAGCAGGAGGGCUGGGAGAUGAGAGGGGAGACCCGGGAGGGCUUGGGCAUAGAGCACGGAGCACGGAGGGGAGGGGACAGGUGUGCGCAGGCCUGGCGGGGGGCUCAGCUCUACCCUGACCGCCACGGACACUGUGGCCUGGCCUGAAGUCCAGGGGCCUCUGGGAUUAGGAGAGAUGGAGGGGGCUUCUCAUCCUGCCUCCCAGCCGGCCGGUCGCCUCUUCUCCCCCUAACCUCUCCCCCUGCCUCUCUCUCUCAUAGUUUGGACCGUCUCCUUGUCUUGUUCCAUCUCUGUCUCUCUCUGCCCCCCAUUCC